AUGACAAGAUCUGACAGACCUCCGUGCAUUUGGAUUGACUUUGGGACGACCACACUCUCGCGGCAUCCCAUCACCUCCGGUCACCGGACUACCCAUCAUCAUUACCACCACCGUCGCUUUCCAGAUCCCAGACAGACGGCACACUUUGGCUGCGGACGAGUUCGUUUCGAUAUCCAUUUCAUGCUAUGGUCUCUUCGUCGGCCACCCUUCACCAUGGCCCUACCCUCUAGGCCCCAGGCCUACACCUGCGCUCGCUGCUUAGUGCUCGCAAGCGCCAGGCGCACCUUCUCCGUUUCCUCCUUCGCUCGAAUCCCACCGAGACAAACACAAGACUUCAACUCUGGCUUCACGAGUAGCUAUGAUCCCGCUUCUGAUGCUGGCCGAGGUCCCAUGUUCAACAAGAACAGCUUCGGCGUCCCUCAGUUUUACCCUCGGGACCUGAAGAAGCGGGUCGAUGACUAUGUUGUCGGGCAGGACCGAGCGAAGAAGACGAUAUGCUCCACAAUCUUCAAUCAUUAUCAGGGUCUGCGGAGGAGGAGGCAUCAGGAUCAAGAGGAGAAGGUCCAGAGGGAGAAGGCUGAGAGACAGCGAUAUGCCCGGGACAGAGACAUCCUCGAGAGACGUGAAAUCCAUCCUGCCCAAGAUGAGUUUCCUGGUCACGCUGAAUCUGCACAGCACCUGGAUGAGGGCUAUAGUUCUUCCACCGGCUUUGACGGCUCUUACCUGUCCGAAGAACCCGCGACGCCUCCGCAGGUCAAGAUUGACAAGAGUAACUUGCUACUCAUCGGCCCUACCGGCGUCGGAAAGACGUACAUCCUAGAAACUUUGAGCAAGAAGCUCAACGUGCCGUUCACGAUAUCCGAUUGUAACUCCUUUACACAAGCCGGUUAUAUCGGGCAGGAUGUGGAGGCAUGCGUAGAGAGGCUGUUGAUCGAGUCCAACUACGACAUCAAAGCAACCGAACACGGCAUCAUCGUUCUGGAUGAGUUCGACAAGCUGGCCAAGAGGGAAAGCAUGAACGGCCGGGAUGUUGGCGGAGAAGGUGUCCAGCAAGCCCUACUGAAGCUCGUCGAGGGUUCCAAGGUGACCAUUAACGUCAAAGACAACCGGUCUUCGCGAUCAACACCGCCCAUCACUACCAACUACACGUCAUCGAGCUCGACGUCGGCCCCGCAGUCCACUCCGCCGCAGGGGAAGGUCGACCAAUACACCAUCGAUACCACGAACAUCCUGUUCGUCUUCUGCGGCGCCUUUGUUGGUCUCGACAAAGUUGUCGUGCGGAGAGUUUCGAAGCCGUCGAUGGGCUUUGGCUCAGAACUACGAGGCAAGCAGAGCCUUUCCGGCAACCAUCACGAUCUACCGCGUCAGUUGUUUUCGCAUCUGCCGCAUGUUGACCCGGAAGCGCCCGCAACAACGUACACCCCAUUGGACUUGACAACGCCGGUCGAUCUCCAAGCCUUCGGGUUCAUCCCUGAGUUGAUUGGCCGAGUGCACAACAUCUGUGCUUUGAGCCCGUUGUCCCUGAGUGAUCUCUACCGGAUCCUGACAGAGCCACGAAACUCGCUAGUUGCGCAGUACACCGCAUUGUUCGAAACCUACCCUUCCCGCUUGCAUUUUACCAAGAAAGCAUUGUUUUCCAUUGCCGAACGAGCUGCCAAAGCCGAGACUGGAGCUCGCGGCCUUAAGAUGGAAAUGGAACGUGUCCUCGCGGAGCCAAUCUUUGACGCGCCUAUGCCGUAUGUCUUGAUCACCGAGGGCUGCGUGAAAGGCAUUGAGAAGGCCGGAUACUGGGGCAAGGAUGGCCGCUUGGAGUUGGAGCGAAAGAUGGCGGACGAGGACGCUGAGCAAAGCGCUCGCAUCCCCGACGUCACCUUUGAGCAGUACCGAGAGGCCGGCCAGAGCGGCGCUUGAAGACGCUUGCUUUAGUAUAAUGCUGCCAUAACCUACUUU